AUGCCUGAACCUGCCAAGUCUGUACCAGCCGCCAAGAAAGGCUCCAAGAAAGCCGUGACUAAACCGCAGAAAAAGGAUGGGAAGAAACGCAGAAAGACCAGGAAGGAGAGUUAUGCCAUCUACGUGUAUAAGGUGCUGAAGCAGGUCCACCCCGACACCGGCAUCUCCUCCAAGGCUAUGGGCAUCAUGAACUCCUUUGUCAAUGACAUCUUUGAGCGCAUCGCAGGAGAAGCCUCUCGCCUGGCUCAUUACAACAAGCGCUCCACCAUCACCUCCCGGGAGAUCCAGACCGCCGUGCGCCUGCUGCUACCCGGAGAGCUGGCAAAGCACGCCGUGUCUGAGGGCACCAAGGCUGUCACCAAGUACACCAGCGCCAAGUAA